GAAUUAUAAAAUAUCAAAAUGUUUUCUUUAAUAUUGGUAAAAUGUGACAUGCAUUUCAAGAGUUGAACCGACAACAUUACUUGUGAUUGAAGUGUAUUUAGCCAUUCGACUAUUAACUGUUUGAUAUUUUGUGUAUAUAAUUUAUUCAAUCGUCUUUUAAAAUAAUUUUUCACACUAUUUGUUUUUGCUUUAUCGGGUAUUAUUUCUAAAAUUGUUUCAUUCUUCACAAUUCUUGACUUGUUUAUGUUGAUACCGUUCAUGAGAUUUAAUCUUUUGGUAUUAGUUUGAGUUUUGCAAACGAGGUGUUUGUUGAAAUGCCACAAUGAAUUUACAUAUGUUGAUUUUUAGUAUAACUUGUAUAUAAUUGUUGUAACAUGUUUGCAAAUAGAUAUUGUUUGUUGAGAAUGCAUUAGUUAACUGAAAUUGUUGUAAUCUAGUAGUGGUAUCACACUAUCACUAACUAUGUACAAGGUUGAAUUUCAAGUGAAGUUGAAUGGUUAACUUGUAAGUAUUGUUUCUGUAGAGUAUUUGAUGACGACCAUAUAUGCUUACUAUUUGUUUUCUUUAUGGUAAUUGGAUUCUUAUAUGGUUACAAUGAAUUCUAUAAGUUAAAUUAUAUCCCUCAUUUAUUGUAUUCAUUAGUAUCUAGUAUAAAUGGUUGAUGCACACUGUACGAGUGUUGUAAGUCCAGAGUUGGGCUCCAAGUUAUAAAAAAGUAUAUUAUUAUUAUAUUAAUAAAUAUUACUAUAAGAAUAUAUUAAUGUUGAGCUCUUGACUAGGUGGCUUAGGAUUAGGAGGAGAUUGUAAUUGUAUAGAUCUUGUGUUCAACACACAAGAAGCUCUUAACUUUUUUAUACUAAAUCCUGAUACCUUACUUAAUUAAUAGGUGCACGGUAGGUGUAAUUUCUAGUGCUUGUUAUGUAUUUUGCGCAUUAUUGUUAUAUAUGUAUUACUUAAUUCUAGUUACUCAAUUAAUGCAUUAGAUUCAAAUGGUUAUGUACUGAGUUUUCCUCCUAAACAUUCCUCCUUGUAUUCUUUAGUUUUUAGCAGUGUUAUCGAAUAGCGGCGCCAUGGCCGCUAUGGCGGAUAUACAUGGAAGUUUUUGGGCUAGCCGAUAUUAUGGGUUUUUCCGCCAUAAUCCGCUAUAAUUCCGCCAUUCGGCAUCCACAACACUGGUUUUUAGUUGAUUAUGACUAUGGGCUCAAAUGACACUAUUGUGCAAAGGUUCUUUACUCAUGGUCCAUUGAAGGCAGUUGCUUCUACAACACUGUUAAUCACUGCAAAUUGCUUUAACUAUGUAUUCAACUAUUCAUUUAUAUUCUUAAUUUGGCAGCUCUGAACGAGACUUUGGAUGCUGAAGUCAGGCACUUAAGACACACUGUUGCAGAAUUUGGCAGAGAGUUCCUCCUCUCUUCUCUAGUCUCAUUGACUCACUGAAAAAUGAAUGUAUAGUAGAUAGAUAAAUACUGACAUGAGUACUUAUGAGGUAAGUUACUUGAAAACAAUUUGCACUUAUGUACAGAUGUUUUAUAAUUGAUUGUGGCUAAUCUGUCUCAUGGAACAUAAUUUGAACUAGCUACUUAGAGUGUGUAUGCAUUUUCAGCUUCUUGUCUCUUGGUUGUAAGGUAUAUAUAUUAUGCGUGUUGAUCAUUCUUAGUAAACACUCAUUCUGAAAACAUAUUUGAAACUUUGUUUCUUCUAUACAUAGUUAUCUUUUCCUCUUUUAGACGGCCUUUGUUUCUAAGGUAAACAACAAAUACGUGAGAAUAGGUGUCUCAUUCAUGAUUUAAUCUUUCACUAUUUCUUAUUUACAAUCUUUGACUCAUAAACUUAUCAAGUUAUUGAAAGUAAACUUGCAACAAUCACCACCACAUUCUCAUGUAAACUUGAAUUGGUUCUUGACUACAUCUCUAUAUUUAUGAUUUACAGAUUUGCUGAGAGGGUAAGAUUUUUUGCUAAGAUACUGAUUGGUAUUGUAAUAUAUGUGUGACUUGUAUUGUAAGAUGAAAUUCCUAUUACAAAAGAGAAGGCAACACCAAAACGGAAUAAAUAUCUUACGAUACAAGUCACACAUAUAAUACAAUUUGUUUACAGAUUUGCUAAUAUUUUUUUGAUAUUUUAUAAAAUUAAGUUCUCAUAAUCCGAUACUACUAUUUUCUUGUAGUUCAUAGUUACUGGAAUCACUACUUGGUUGGAGGACAAAACUUGAUGAAGACUACUUGUAAUUAUUGUGAGCAUUAUGCAAAAUCCAUAUUUCUAUAAACAACUUCUAGUUUUAUAUUAGAAAAUGCAUAUUGAACUUUUUUUUCUAUAAAGGAUGUAUUACCAUUCUCAUCAGUUACUUCAAGAGUAUUCUCAUGAAAUUACCGCAGAAGAAAAGAUGACUAAAUCUGCGAUGAUGGUAUAAAAUGCUAACUCAACUUAACAAAUUAUUUUAUUCUUUUUAAUUUUUGAAAUUAAUUUGCUGCGGAAUCAGAAUUUCUGUGGUUUUAUAUGCAGUCUUACCUGCGGAUUAAACAGCAGUUUUACCUGUAAAUAUUUCCUGCCGAAAUACUUACCCAAGUUGAUUUAGCUGGGAACCAGUGUGGCAGGAAAAACUGCAGGAACCAUGUUGCCUACAGAAAUUUAGCUUAAAUCCGAAGGAAAACAGAAUAUUUCUAAUAGUAUUUUUUUUUUCUUGGUGGGUCAGCUCAUGGGCUCCUAGCUGUUUUGACGGCUGUAAUUACAACUAUUAAAUGUAUCAUAAGAUAACUUAUUUAAGCUACUGCCACCAUUUUACUAUCCAUUGUAUCACGAUGUGGUUUCAGAGUUUAUGAUGAAAAAAUUAAGAAACGUUAGAUUAUUUUAUGAAAUCCUCUUGAAUAUUCUUAUAUGAGAUGAUGUUAGGCCCCAUGUGAAAAGCAGGUAUUAUUAGCUUCUUCUAUAACCUUCAAUUAUUGUACCACAGUAAUCCUUUUCUUUUCCUUUAAAUAAAGUGGUAACAAAAUGCACUUUAGUACAACAUUUUGUAGUGGAAAAAUAAUUGAAGAUAGAGUUGAUUUGCGAUUAAUCGUGUGAAAUACCAGCUUUGAGAAGGCCUAAAUCACUUGUAUCAAGUUUCCUAUCCAGAGUUGAAAUGAUUCUCCUACAUGUUUGGUGAGUAUAUUUCUUCUGGCGAAUUUUACAGCACUCUUGUUUUGAAUAGGUUAACUUAAUCUUCAUUUUUGGAACAAUAUUGAUGAUGAUAAGGUUUAAAAUAAAGAAACAAGUUGUAUUGAUAUACUACUUAUGGGUAUGGUGGAGUACUUGUAUUUGUGUUAAAGCAGGAAAUGAUAGUUUGAAGGCGGGUGAAAGAUUGGUUGCCAACUCCAGUCUAUGGUCUAAGCAAGGCAGGUAUUAUCUAUCAUUCGAUAGAACAAUAGAGAGUGGAGAAAAUUAUAAUUACUUGGUUAUAGUAAGUAAGAAUUAUUUUGGUGAUCGAGGAUCAGUAAUAUGGAUGUAUGAUAGAAACCAUCCAAUUGAUAUUAGUUCAGCGGUUUUAUCUCUAAACUACUCUGGUGUGCUCAAAAUUGAAUUUCAAUAUAAGAAAGAAAUAAUCAUUUACUCUUCACCUCAACCUAUAAACAAUACUGUGGCUACUAUGCUAGACACAGGUAACUUUGUACUUGAACAACUUCACCCCAAUGGAACUAAGAGUUUAUUGUGGCAGAGUUUUGAUUAUCCAUCAUACACAUUGGUCCCUAAGAUGAAGUUAGGUGCUAACCGAAAAACUGGACAUAAUUGGUCAUUAGUUUCUUGGUUGAGUCAUUCGGUACCAACUUUGGGUGAGUUUAGUCUUGAAUGGGAACCAAAAGAAGGUGAAUUGAACAUUAAAAGACACGGGAAAGUGUAUUGGAAAAGCGGAAAACUUGGAAAUAAUGGAUUGUUCGACAAUAUUCCAGCAAAUGUUCAACAAAAUUAUCAGUACAUUGUUAUCUCUAACAAGGAUGAAGAUUCUUUCAGCUUCGAAAUUAAAGACCAAAAUUAUAAGAUGUUUCCAGAGUGGUUUCUAUCCACUGAGGGGAGGCUCUCGAGUUCGGAAGGAGAGUUAGGAAAUGCAGAUAUUUGUUAUGGAUAUAAUAGUGACAGAGGAUGCCAAAAAUGGGAGGAUAUACCAACUUGCAGGAAGCCUGGUGAGGUGUUUGAGAUAAAGAUAGGCAGACCCAACAGUGAUUAUGCUAUCUUCCAAGAGAAUGCGAGUUAUAUUUACAAUGAUUGCAAGAUGAUUUGUUGGAGAAACUGUAGUUGCAAUGGAUUCCGCAAAUAUUAUGGUAAUGGAACUGGAUGUAUAUUUUAUUCAUGGAAUUCUACACAAGAUGUUGAUCUGGAGGAUGACUUUAAAUUUUACAUAUUGGGAAUGCCAAAUCACAAGGGUCAAAGAAGGUGGAUAUGGAUAAGUGCAGCAAUAGCAGCUGCUAUACUUAUAAUAUGCCCACUCAUUCUAUGCAUAGCCAUAAAGAAACACAAAUAUGGACUUAAAGGGAAGAAAGUUAAAAGAAAGGAGAAAGAGAUGCAAGAGCUGGCCGCUUCCAAUGAAUUAUAUAGUAUCAAAGAUCUUGAAGAUGAUUUCAAAGGACAUGAUAUAAAAGUUUUUAGCUAUGCAUCAAUUUUAGAAGCAACCAUGGACUUUUCCCCGGAAAACAAGUUAGGACAGGGAGGCUAUGGACCCGUUUAUAAGGGAAUCUUGACAACCGGGCAAGAAGUUGCUGUAAAAAGACUUUCAAAAACUUCUGGACAAGGAAUUGUUGAAUUCAAAAAUGAAUUGGUCUUGAUAUGUGAACUUCAACACACAAAUCUUGUACAACUACUUGGUUGUUGUAUUUAUGAAGAAGAAAGGAUUCUAAUUUACGAAUAUAUGCCAAACAAAAGCUUGGAUUUCUAUCUAUUCGAUUCUACAAGAAGGAAGUUACUUGAUUGGAAGAAGCGCUUCAACAUUAUAGAAGGAAUUUCUCAGGCAUUACUUUAUCUUCAUAAAUAUUCAAGACUAAAAAUCAUUCAUAGAGACUUGAAAGCAAGCAACAUACUUCUUGAUGAGAAUAUGAAUCCAAAAAUUUCUGAUUUUGGCAUGGCAAGAAUGUUCACACAGCAGGAAUCAACGAUAAAUACCAACAGGAUUGUCGGGACAUAUGGAUACAUGUCUCCAGAAUAUGCUAUGGAAGGAAUUUGUUCUACAAAGUCCGAUGUCUAUAGCUUUGGAGUGUUGCUACUUGAAAUUGUUUGUGGAAGAAAAAACAAUAGCUUCUACGAUGUUGAUGGUCCUUUAAACCUAAUAGGACAUGCAUGGGAGCUAUGGAAUGAUGGGGAGUAUAUGCAGUUAAUGGAUCCAUCAUUAAGUGACUCAUUUGUUCCUGAUGAAGUGAAUAGGUGCAUUCAUGUUGGUCUCUUAUGUGUACAGCAAUAUGCAAAUGAUCGACCUACAAUGUCUGAUGUUAUAUCAAUGUUGACAAACAAUCAUGAACACAUUACUUUACCGACAAGACCAGCAUUCUAUGUUAGAAAAGAUAUCUUUGAGGAGGAAACAACUUCUAAAGUUCUGGACACUGACACUUAUUCUAUAACUGGAAAUUCCUCUUCGGGUGUAGAAAGGAAAUAAAUAAAUUUAUUAGUAUAGAUUUAAGACUGUUGAGUACUAUGAAGACUACAUAACUUGCUUUUCUUAAAACUUUGACAACUCCAAUUUCAUGUGA